AUGUCCUCAGUUCACACAGAGAUUUCCACUGGAACCAAGGACACAUUAGCCUUAAACCUUCUCUCCAAAAACCCCAAUGGUGGUGAUGCUUCACACAUCAUAGAUUCACAGAUGGAGUCUUUCAUCAGCAGUGAUGAGGAGCAACAAUCUACCAUCAAAGGGAGCUUGCCUACCAAUGCUGCCACUGCAUCUACUAACACAGUCACUGUUGCAGUAGAUGCAGCAGAUGGCUAUGCUGAAGUGGAUGCACCUGUUGCUGUGGGCAGUAUCCUCAAUGUGCACAUGGGCAUGUACUUUAAUGUCCCUGUGGAUGAUAAACCUGGGGGGCUGAAAGAUUGGGGUGUUCUAUGGAUGGGUGUCAGUCGUGCUCUCUUUGUGAAGGUGGCCUCCAUGGAUGAUGGGAUUGAUGUUGUCAAGUCUGUAAUUGAGGCUGGUGUCACUGUGAGGUGUAGCGACUAUGAACCAAUGUUUGUUUUGAAUAAUAUGAGAUCUAAGACUAUAAUCCCACUCCCAAACAUCAACAUCCUGGAGUAUUUGGAUAACAUGAUCCUGACAUCCUGUGUUGGUGUGACUGCCUGUCACCCCAUUUCUUUCACCAUCUCUGUUGAGACUUCAUACGUUCUAGUCCCAAAUGACUGGCUUAUUUUCAAUAGCCUGACAUUGAAGCAGAGAGUUACCACACAGGGGACCAUCUACAAAUAUUCUCCUGAGCAGAUUGCAUUCAUGCAAACUUACCAUGAAAGAUUCCUCCAGUGUAAAGUAAACAAGAACUAUGAGCCAUUCUGGUCUCCAUUCUUCAAGGAAUGGUCCAAGACAAUUAAAGCCUUACCUCACCAUCACAAGUGCUUGGAGGAGAAAUUUUGUAAUGACCUAGCUGUACAUACUGUGACUGUGAACAAGAUGCUGGGCCAUAUUAUGAAGAAAGGUUCUUCAAAAAAGAACUCUUGGGUCUUAAAGCCAUGGGAGAUGUACUCCAAGAUUCACUACCACAACAAGGUCAAGGAUGCAGUUGUAGCCAAACAGGGUUCAUCUUCUAAGCCAGCCAGGGGAUCUGCACUCCGCAUCACCACACAACAGACUAAGCAAGCAUUUGAAGAAGAAUCAGAGGAAGUUAGAGAAAAGGUCUUUGCAGCCAUGGAGGAAAUGAAAAAGAAGAAGUGUGCCGAGAUACAGGAGGCAAAGGAGCAGAACUAG